AUGGAGUCGAUUUGGCUGGAGAGACCCUGCCCUAUAUCUGGCCCGCUGAUGCAAGUGAGGAAGCUGUCUGGGCUGGAGACGGCUAGGGAAAUCAGCUUCAAGAUGGUUGAUUUCUGGGUUCAAAUCCACCAUCUCCCUGAAGCGUACAGAUCUGAAAGUAACAUUGCCAUGGUUAGCAGAAUGUUCCACCAGAUUAUUGAUAUCGACCGAGCAGCUCUUCAAUCGCAGAUUUAUAGGAAAUAUGUGAGGGUUUUUGUCCAGGUUGAUACCUCGAAGCCACUACCAGAUGGGUUCUACAUCCGCCACCAACAAAAGAGGACCUGGGUCGAAUUCAAGUUUGAGAAGUUAUUCUCACUUUGCUACUACUGUGGUGGGAUCGAACAUACCAGAUUGGAGUGCGAUCAGAGGAGGAUCGAUGAAGAGAAUGGGAUUCAGCCACCAACGAUCUAG